AUGGGACUAGAAGACAUUGACGAAUGCCUCCCACCUUCUUUGGGCGGAAAAGGACAGGUGCUUAAAGGUAGACCCGUCAACAACGGCGACGGCACCAGUGGUUCGUGCGCAAAGGUGAACUUUGGUGAGUUGUUUGGUUUUCCUGUUGCGUCAAGUGGAGGGGCGGUGAUGCCGUCAGCUAGUGCCGGUGUCGGCAGCGUGCAGGCUGGUUCAAAAACAGAAUGCCAAGAACCGGAAGAGCAGUGGAUUUGGGUCUCUGCUGAGGGCCAGAAAAGUGAAGCCUCUCCCGUCGACAACAUGGCUGGCAGAUCCAAUGAUCCUCUUGACGCAUUCUUUACUUCCCAUACCCCCAGUUUACAGCCGUCCUCUUCGAUGAAGCGGGAAGAAAAGCCGUUCACGGAUCUUCUUGACUUCUCUAAACCGGCGGAGCGCGUCCGGUACUCAGAUGAACAUUCCCUCCUGGAAGCGUUUGAAAAUCAAAGCAAAGGACGACGGGCAGAUGUGCGGGACGAUCCGUCCCUGGAAGACCUUAGCCAUGGCUCCUCCAACAACGCAGUAAGGGCACGUUUGUUGAAAAUAAUGAAUUACUACGAUAUUUUAGGUGUCACACGCGACGCCACAGAGGAGCAGAUACGGCAGAGGUACAAGCAAAAGGCACUGGAGCUUCAUCCCGAUCGUGUGGGUCGCGACCAAACACCAGAGGAGGUAGAACUAUUCAAGGUGAUGACGAAAGCAAAUGAGGUUCUGUGUGAUCCAGAGGAACGCGCAAAGUACGACGAGGAAUUACGCUGUUCAAACGUGGGCGCGGAUGACGAGGCCCAGUGGCUCUUUCACCUCCACUUGCGGUGA